GUCAUAGAUAUGUGUACAUAUAAUGUAUGCGAUGUAUGUAUAGAUUUCUCUGUGAACAAAUCGUUCUUUGUUGUUCGUAACUACAGUUCAAUGAACAUUUACUGAAAGUCUGAUUUAACUGUUGGUUAUAAGAAUAUUAUAAGUUGAAAAAUAUGUCUACUGUCUAUCCAACUUUGCCUAAGUUGACUGUACGAGACGGAUUUGAUGAAGAAGAUCUGACAGAUAUAGAUGAUGAAGUAUUUAUUAGAGAUGGGAAAAAUGGUAGCCUAAAAUUAGAUGAAGAUGGUGGAGUUAAAAGGCCCCUAAUGCCAUCUCGUAGAAGAUGUAAAAAAUCAUAUAGUUUUGAGACAUUUUCUACGAGAACUUGUUAUAUACCUCUAUGUUUUGGGCUCAUAGCUUUGAUAUUACUGUUAAGCUUAAUCCCAUUAUGUAUAUACAUUAUAAAUAUAAUUCCUGUGCCAAUGCCAAUUUUAAAAAAUUGGUUGUCUCAUAAUUAUGAAGAGAUAUUAGAUGAAUCUAAUAUAGUUCCAUGUACAUCACUUACCACAAAAAUUUUGUGGACUAAAUCGUUGCCGAAACUGGUUCCUGAAUCACCGUUAAGAAGUAUUGAUGUUAAUAAAGAUGGAGUGGAUGAUAUCAUUGUUGGGUUUAGUACAGGUUUGGAUAUGAUUGAUAUACCAGAAUACAUUUGUAUGGUCCACUUUAAUGGACAAGUUCCAUGUUUUGGUGGAGUUCUAGCUUUAGAUGGUAAAACAGGGGAUAUUCUUUGGACUCAUUGGAUGGCUCAUGCUAUUUAUUCAGUCGACUGUGGUCUGGAUUUAACAAAUGACACAAUCAAAGAUUGUAUUAUAUGUGGACACGGCGGAAUACUCCAUGCGAUACGUGGUCAUGAUGGUUCUACUAUAUGGGAAGCACCAGUUGAAGAACUAUCAACUUCUGACGAUUGGAGACUUGCAGAUAUUUAUAAUGCUAAAUUUAUUGCGGAUAUCGAUGGGGAUGAAGUUGGAGAUGUUAUUGCAUCGCACACUAUACAGUCAAAAAAAUUAAGCGAAAUUCUUAUAAUAUCAGGAAUAAAUGGAAAUAUUAUACAUGCUUCAGUUUUGCCAAACACAGAGCAAUUAGUGUUAGCACCUCAAAAGUUGGUUCAUCCAGAUGGAGAAAGUAUUUUUGUUUUUACAACUACUAACAACAAACAAUCAGGAGGACUGUAUGUAGUUCCCCAAGUAAAUUUAAUGUAUGGUGACUUAAAAUUGAGGAAACUACAUCAUCAUGCAGGUGAAAGUACUCCAUUACCUCCAAUUUUGGUAGACAUUACUAUGGACGGAGUUGAAGACAUUGUCACCGCUAUGUCCAAUUCUACAAUAAUUGUUUAUAACGGGUUAACAUUUGAACCCAUUUGGAACUAUACAAUACCUAAUUCUAAAGUAAUAAGCAUUCCUAUUCCUGGUUAUUACAAUGACGAUAACAUUCCAGAUUUUAUGGUGAAGUAUCAAAUAGGUUCAAAUUUUCUUACCUAUAAUUACACUAUUACGACGAUUGUAGAUGGAAAAACUGGCAAACCUUUGCUUGAAAAACCGAUAGAAGGUCUUUUAAGCAAACAAAUGUCUGGUUUGUCUGUUACUGUUGAAGAUUUUGGGAAUGAUUGGUUUUUACAUUGGUCUGUUGAAUGUUUCAAUUACGAGGCAGAUAAAAAAAAGUAUCAAUUUUUGAAAAACUCGAACAUUGCAUUUGAAUCUUAUGCUGAUAUUUGUAAACUGAGAUUUAAUUCUACUUUGACUACAAACUUGUAUGCUUUGAGUCAACACGUAGGUCCACCUGGUAUAUCAUUGUAUUUUUCUGAGUAUCUAAAUCCUAAAACAGAGUCAUAUAUGAACACGGCAUUUGUAUCCGAAAGAUCACCCAAAAAAUAUGAAAGCCGUAAUGAAAAAAUCAAACCUGAUAUAAAUACCGAACUGGAUGAUACCAGUAAUUUGAACAAUGAUUAUAUUUGGAAAAAUGAGAAUCGGUGGACACAAAAAAAUGUACAAACCAAAGAUUAUGAUGGCUCGUAUGAUGGAGAAAAUAUUAAUCUGGGAGAAGAAGAAUCCAUUGAUUAUCCUCAAGGAGACCAAGUACGAGAACAAAGAAGUAGUAUCGACAGCAAAUCUAUGAAUAAUUUUGAUAGGAGUACAAAUAAUUCAGUAAGAAAUACAGUUAGUAACGACACAGGUGCUAUUAAUGAAACAAACAAAUCUGAACAACUUAACGAUUAUGUUACAAAUCGUGAUAUGAAAACUGUACAUUUAAGAAAACGAGCUGUAAAUUUAGAGACAGGAAAUAUGAAUAACACAAAUGCAUCAAUGGAAUGGAGUUCUGCGGAAGAAGAUGCUUCUAUAGAAAAAGUUUUUAAACGAGAAUCAAUGAGGAACCAAAAUAAGGGAAAAAUUUCUGACGGAAUUUUGAACUUUACAAAUAAGUUAGGUGGAUCAAAACUACGCCUGCAAAGAAUAAAGAGAGAAGCUGAUAUUAGAAGCAACCGAAUGUAUCGGAUAUAUGGUAUACAAAAGCAACCACCAACUGGAAUACUAUUACCUUCUCUUUCAAUGUCAAAAGAUACAAUCCCUGUAGAUCUGGUAUUUUCUACGUUUUCGUUUCCAUCUUCCGAUGCAUCUAAAAUGUUGGUUCAAGAAGAUCUAGAUUGUAUUAAUAGAAAAAAAACACUUUCAACUCAAAAACUGCAUUAUAAACACGAGGAUGAUUUUGUUAAAGAAUGUUUAGCUGAACGUGGUAUUAAUUAUAAAAUGUACCAGGAAGCAAAUGAUCGAGAAAAUUAUAAAAUUUCUUUUGGAAAAAUGAUAAUAUAUAGAAUGAAACUUGAAUGUACAUGUCCAGAGGAUAUGUUGCCUAAUGAAAGCUGCAAAAACAUUUCUUCGCAUCAAAGUUGGUCAGAGUACUUAGGUUUGCAUGGGAAUGGAUAUUUUAAAACAGUUCACAAAACGAAGCUUUAAAGAACUGUUUAUAACUGUCAGAUGAAUUAACUGUUUAAACUGCAGUAUUAUUAUUACUCUUACACUGUAUAUCGAUAGUUAUCAUGAGAAUAUUUAUUAAUUCAUGUGUUAUGUUAGUUUUGCCGGCUAUGUAUUUUUGUAUUUAAAUAAAUAUCUACAAUAUUUAACAUACUUACAAUGAAUGAAAGUAAAUUAUUAACUACUGUUGCAUGUAAAAUACUUACGAAAUAUAAAAUGUAUAUUGUAACUACUAUAA